UUGGUGAAAUGUGUGGCGGAUGGCGAAACAUAAUUGCUGUCUAAAUGUUGGUUCAAUUUUUAUAAUUUAACAAAAGAUAAGUAUCAAACGAAGCUCUUCUUAUGAUUAAACUGAUUCUUGACCGUAGAAUGUAUGUCUUGUUAAACGUCCAGAAGAGAGAGUCUUCAGUUUUAUUAUGACCAGUGCCAUUGCCGGUUUUCGGACUUCUGAAAAACAACGGGACAAGCAUGAAAACACGCGUUACACGGCGGCAGUCGCCGCCGCUCCACAACAAACGGCAGCCCGCAACAAGUUGUUGCCGACAACAGGACAAGUGCAAAAUGUGGCAAACUCCCGUGUGUAUGUCUUCGGAAAUUCCGAUUUGGCAGAGGACGAACUUAAUUCUGUCCCUUCUUCGGAGGACUUUAUUGAGAUGUCUGAACUCCGGCCGAGAGCCGGCAAAGUUAAGAACAAAAAGAAGAACGUUGAUCAACGGAAGGAGGCGGAACCCAUUUUUAUUGAACGGGAGAUUGAGAGCGGAGACUCCCUGCAGAUUUUUUCUUUGCAGUACGGAUGUCCGGUAUCAGAGCUGAAGCGAUGCAAUAACCUCAUAAACGAUCAGGACUUUUUUGCAUUGAGAAGGAUCAAGAUUCCUGUCAAACAGCACGGUCUUCUCACUGAGACAGAGGAAGAGAGACGACGGAGGCCAAAUGCCAUGCAAGAAGCCAAAUCUAACGGGAACAAUCUCACAAACGGCUUCCUCAGUGGUGAUGAUGACUUUGAGAGUGGCGACGAAGAGGAUCAGUUUGUGAGGACAAUCAGCAUCAGGGACUCCAUGAGGGACAACAUCUCCACUCAACAAUUCCUCAAGAACAUGGACCGCGAUCUGGAGAAGAUCUGCCAGGCGACGAAGACUCAGAAGGAGUCACUCGAGGAGGUCACCUCCAUCCUAACGGAGACCAGGAUCCAUCCGUUGCUUCUUCCUUACUUCCAGAGGAAGAAGAAAAGAACAUACUGUGAUGAAACAUCGUGCGGAAUGACGUGGAAGUCUGUCUUCAUGGUUGUUAUACUUGUAGCUGUUGCGAUUCCAAUUCUAAUCGGAAUUUACUUUUACUUUGAGAAAGGUAACGGUGAUUCCUCAGGAAGUACUUCCUCUUUGUUGAAGCCUUCGUAAAAGUAGAAAAUUCAGCAUGAUGCUGCCUUCAUAAUUUAAGUAGCAAUUCAGUAUGAUGCUAUGCAGCAUACAAAGUGGGCAGAGGUUCUCUGUUAAUUACAGAAUAGCACCCCGCACUAAUGAUGUAACUUUUGCUUAAAAUACCCGGCUGUCAGACAAACAUGCCAAACCACCUACGCGAUCGCUGCGUCAUCCACGCCCAAAACAACUGCACUAGUAGUAGUGUAGUGUAGUUAGUCGCGGGUAAUUAUACAAUUACACCUGUGUAAAAAUUUGACUCUUUCGUCUGAGUACUUGGCUUCUAUUUUUAGCAUUAUUGCGGAAUGCUAUUAUGGGCACAGCAUACAUGUUGCUUUCAUUUCUACAGCUGCACUUUCUUUGAAAGAAAAUGCAAUCAGAAAUUGUAUUGUUGGACCUGUGGUUUUAUUAUCAAAUGUCAAAAUGUAUUUUUCUAAAUUGUAACUUAUGAAAAGCAUUACUUGUUGUGAACUACAAACAGAAGCAACUCUAAAUUCAAGUUGCUGAACACUUUCAAAUGUGUGCUCAGUAUGCAGUAAUUGCAAAUCCAAUUCUUGUACAGUAUUUUUCUUACAUUUCAAUUUUUUCGGCGAAUUUCCCAAUGCAUGCAAAUUAUUCAAGUAUUCAUUUUUUGGUGCUGGGUUAAAACUGCAUACGGUGGAGAGAUUCUGUGCUCAAAAUUUGACAGACAUGUGAUUUUUAUUUAAUACGCACAUGCAUGUAUGUACAUGUAAGCAAUGAAACAAAUCUUUAAACAGCCUGCAGAACUUUUAGCUUAAGUCCUUUACACGUGAAAGCUAAAAAAGAAAAACAGAAAAUGUUUACAACAGCUCUGCUUCCUUGUUAAAUGACGACAUGUUAGGUGAACUUGGUUUGAAUAUCGCAAUCAGUUGUGUGUUACGAUAAUAAUUUUUAAAUCAGGCAGAUACACGCAAAUAUCUAUCCAUCGAUACAAAAACAAAAAUGUACAACUUAAAUUAAUCUUUUGGUAAGUAAUUUCACAAAAAACAUCGGGAGAAAACUAUACAGAAUGCUCCAGCUUUAACAGUUGGAGCUUUUACAACCAAACCAAGAUAAGUAGAAAACAUUUCAAAGACCUUGCUUUCAAUUCAGCGUGCUUUGGUCAAACACUAAAAAGAAAAUGGGUUCAGAGUGCCCCCACAGCUUUGAAAAACCUGGUAGAAAUUAGAACCCUACAACAUGCAGGUUCAAUCGUUGUUAGACACAACAAAAUAAUAACAAACUGGGUACGACAUAUGGUGCGUUAUUUUCUAAGUACUAUGUAAGUAGAAACCGGUCUCAAUUGUUUAUAAUCUGAAAGUAUGAUACAACUUUAUACGAUAUGGAGUCUCGUUGCAAACAAUCGUUGAGAAUUGAUUUGUUUGUUUUGCAUGAACUGCGCAUUGAAUGUUUGCACACCUGAAAGGCUAGUAUAAUUGCAUGGUCAUGUUCCUUAUACAAAUACAUUGUAUAAGCAGGGUUCACUUUUGGGGCACCUUAACUAUAGAGUUGGCUAAACUAUAGUCGACACUUCACAGAGGCAAUGAGGCCUGGUCAUUGCCUUGGUGCCCUUGAAAUGCUCCAGUAGAAAUUUACAGUUUCCUCAUAGUUGUAGGGUGCCCUUUACCAAUGACAAAUUGCCUUGUUGCUCUUACAUGUAUUGGCAAAAACUACAAGUGAAAACUACACAUCUAUAAUUCGCACAGAGAGAUGAAUUGUCAAAUACUACAUCUCAUUAUCAUAGCCAUUUUGAGGUAAGGUGGACCUUAUGCUAUGGCCUUGUUAGGUUUGGGUAAAUUUGUCUCUGUAGACAUGACACCCAAACCAAACACACUGAAACAGUGCACUUUUUUAGUGUCCACCAAAUCUCAAAAAGGCUAUCAGAGUUGUGUAACAAUCGUAGAGGGAGCACCUGUUAUUCCCAACAUGUGAGCUGCCCCACCAUGGGAACAGUUCACUAAGGGUAAAUAAUACUGAUGUCCACUUAAACAAAUUACACAAUGUUGGGUCAGCACCAUUUUCUAAAUAGAAAUGCUUCCUCUAGUUCUAUUUAUUGAAAGUCUUAUUAAUGUUACCAUAGUUGUUGGCACUAACUACAGUUGGGACGAUCUAAACUUUAGGUGGGCACUGCCUAACAAAUCUUUAAGCCGAUUGCAUAUCUGGCAUGUAACAAAGUUCAAAAAACUGCUUAGCUAAAAAACUGUGCUUAGUGUGUUUGUUGAGGAACAAAAUCAACAAGAAACUGGUCGCAUGGUAAUCGGAGAAGCUGUUCUAUGAAAAUGGGCAACACAGACAAGUACAUCUAUAUUAAUUUGCAGGCAUAAUAGUGUGUUAAAAUAUUUUCCAUGUCAUUUUUAUUUCAAAGCGUAAUGCACUAUCAUGUAUUUUUAAAUGUGUACCUUUUAUUUUCAGUCUUUGUCUGAAUAGUGACAACAGCCCUGUUAAAUUAUUUGUUGUAAAGGAAGAAGGCUAGGAAACUAUUAAUUCAAGGCACCCCCCCCCCUUCCCCCAACGUUGUACAUUGAACAGUAACGGCUACAGCUAGAUUAGUGCGUCUGCCAAUGUUAAAGAAUAGGCAGACACCACGAUCCAAAGAGAAUCCUUUUUAACAUACAAUGUACACAAUUUAGCGCUUCUUUGGGAGUAAAGUGAUUGUAUUCUGUCACAUACAUGACAUACCAGACUUUUAACUUAAAUUCUGGUGAUCAGGUUUUGUCAAAGUGCCUUUUUUUAGAUCUUUUGCAGACUUGGAAAUUAAAUUUGUGAAGCUAAUGCAAUCCAUUUCGCCCCUUAGUUUAAAAUGGAAUUAUGUCUUUGUGGGUUUUAAUGUGGGGUAAAAAGACUAACACAAGUAAUUGUUAUCACAUGGUAAUAUAGAUUGUGAUCACUUCACAACCCCCCCCCCCCC